AUGUUCAUUCGACCGAUUCGGUUUCUCGGUAUCGACUGGGCACCUCUCAUUCUUCCUACAAAAAGACGUCUGGAAACUUUGGCUGUUGUGCAUUUCAUGUUCGUAUGGGUAAUAUUACCGAUUGUCUCUGUGUGGCUGCCAUUCUAUUUGUUAUUUUUUACUCGAUUUUGGUGGGCAAUGAUUCUAUACCUUGUGUGGACCUAUUACGACUUCGACAAGCCACGCCGUGGAUCCCGAUGUUGGACUUGGUACAAAAAUCACGCCAUUUGGACCCAUUUUGCUGAUUAUUUCCCUAUAAGGAUCGUCAAAACUGCCGACUUGCCUCCAGAUCGAAACUAUAUUAUCGGAUCUCAUCCACAUGGUAUUCUGUCGAUUGGAGGUUUUACUGCCAUGGUCACGUCUGGAUCAGGAUUCCCAGACAUGUUUCCAGGAUUAAAAUCCACUAUUCUGACAUUGAAUGGGCAAUUUUGGUUCCCAUUUCGAAGAGAUAUUGGCAUUGCUCUCGGUGGAACAGAAUCAUCACGGAAAUCUCUUGAGUAUCUCUUGGAAAAUCCGGGUAAAGGUCGAGCCAUUGGCAUCGUAUUGGGAGGAGCCACAGAAGCAUUAUAUGCUUUUCCUGGAACUCAUGAACUCAAUUUAUCUUCACGGCGAGGCUUUUGCCGUUAUGCUCUCAAAUACGGCGCCGAUCUUGUCCCGAUGUACCACUUCGGUGAGAACGACGUCUUCGACCGAUGGGAGCAGACCACAAGUGGGACUCGCCCAGGAGAGUUUCAGACAUGGAUCAAGAAUAAGCUCGGUUUAUGUCCACCAUUGCUAAAAGGUCGAGGAAUCUUCAACUACAGCUUCGGCAUGCUGCCACAUCGACGACCUAUUACAACCGUUAUUGGAGCACCCAUCAGGGUUGUUCGAACAGAAAAUCCUACCGACAAAGAAGUUGACGCGCUUCAUGCUCAGUACUGCAAAGCUCUUACUGAGCUGUUUGAACAGCAUAAAAGCCUGCAUGACAUCCCGAAGGAUGUUCAUCUUAUCAUACAUUAA